AUGGCUAUAUCAUGGUCAAGGUAUAGAAGUAUUAUGCCGAAAUACUAUUGGUCUUUUGUAGUUGCCUUUUCAAUGACUAUGUUUAUUGUUUUAUAUUAUUGUUUUAAUGAGGACGCGUUAACAGAUGACGCUUCGAAUAACAAAUUUAGUGUGUUUAGAAAUAUAGAAUUUGUCGACAGCCAAAUCUACAAUACAGAUAGCGUGGCAAAAUAUUCACACGAGAACGAAUUAACUACUUCAAAAUGUAACAAUUUAUAUGAAACAGCCUUGGAUAUGCUUUAUAACGGCGAGCAAGUCCCUUUACCGUUUGAAACUAACAGUACAAGAUGGACUUUUCAUAAAAGAGGCAAUCUCGAUUAUCUCAGGCCAAUAUAUAGGCGAUGGAGCAAGCCUCAGAGCAAUUUUAGCUCUAGGGAUUUUAGUGAUUAUGGUGAGACUAGAUCCAAGGAUAUAAAAGCUAAAAAGUACUUUGUUACAUUUGCAUGUAAUUGCUGCGAAAAGUCCAAAGUGAAAGCUACCAGAUCGGCUCGAGAUCCGGGCGGCUUUGACUUUGCAAUAGUUCACGGUAUAGACUCUCUUAGUAAAAAGUUCAGAUACACUCAUUCGGCCAUUUUAAGGCAGGACCGUGGUUGCGGUUAUUGGUUGUGGAAACCUUAUAUAAUUUUGAAGACUUUUGUUGAAAGUAUGUCGGAUAACGACCUGUUAAUGUAUCAGGAUGCGGGUGCACACCUAAUUGGAGAUGCAGGACCAUUACUAAAGCUGUCCCAAGAAUUAGACCCAGGGAUUGUUGUAUUCCACACCCGCUUUUUAGAAGACAUUUACACCAAACGAGAUGCAUUUGUACUUAUGGACAUGGAUGAUGCGAGGGUUUACGAAUCCUACCAGCGCCUCGCUUCGUUUGUGAUAUUGCGGAAAAAUUGCCAAUCGCUGCAGUUUGUAAUGGAAUGGCUGGCCUAUGCUUCCGAUCCUCGUAUCCUGACCAAUAUUGAUAACCAAAUGGGCAAGCCGAAUCUCCCCACUUUUAAGGAGAACAGGCAUGACCAGACGGUGCUGUCUUUGCUCUCCAAGAGAUGGCAACUAGAUGAGUUUAGAGACCCAAGUCAGUAUGGGAGUAUUGACCAGAAAUUAAUGUAUGCUCUUGGCCCAUACAGACAACUUAUUUUUCAUACCAGAGAUACAAGUUAG